ACAAAAAAAUUCUAAGGCCCAGAAGCAAAGUGAAAAGAAAAAAAAAAAUGAAUGGCGAUGAUGGUGAAAGUGAAAGGCCCUUUUGGGAGAUUUCGGUUUGGGAUUGGAGGAGGAAUUUUGUCGGCCAUUGUUGUUUAUGUUAUUGGGCUUAGAGGAGGAACACCAAAAGUAGCUAUGCAGAGCUCGACGAUCUUCUUCUCUGGUGUUGUUCCUUCUCCUCUUCGUGUUAGAUCGGUCUUCACUCCAGCGAAUCCAGCCACCGAUCGAGCUUCCAUGGCGACUUCCUCUGGUCCUAAGUGGGCUCAGAAAACCAUCACGCUUCCACCGCAACGCCGUGGAUGUCAUCUUAUCACUCCAAAGAUUUUGAAGGAGAUUGGGCAAGACUUGUCAGAUUUCAAUUGUGGCCUUGCUCAUGUCUUCUUGCAACACACAAGUGCUUCUCUCACGAUCAAUGAGAAUUAUGAUCCAGAUGUUCAGGCUGAUACUGAGACUUUCUUGAACAGGAUUGUUCCUGAGGUAUAUAUAUACUAUAUGGCUUGCUUCUCAAUAUACUUGUUUGGUGUAUAUUUGAUCACUAUUUUUGUUGUUGAAUUUCAGGGGAAUUCAGCUCCUUGGAGGCAUACCAUGGAAGGUCCAGAUGACAUGCCAGCUCAUAUCAAAUCAUCAAUGUUUGGAUGUCAACUCACAAUCCCAAUAACAAAAGGCAAACUCAACAUGGGAACUUGGCAGGGAAUAUGGCUAUGUGAGCACCGUGAUGCUCCAACCGCACGCAGGGUUGUGGUCACUCUCAAUGGAAUCUAGGGAUGUCUCUUCAUGUUUAAAAUGGCUUGUAACCUCCUAGACUUUACGGUCUUGUAUUGAAAAUUACUUUUUUUCUACGAGACAAUGCGGCGACUAAUGUGCACACUGUCGUGUUCAUUGCAGCAGAAAUUCCAUAAUUACAGCAAAUCUAACAAGAAGUUUUUAAAGAGCAAAAAACAACGUUCGGGAA